AGAUGUCAAGUUAACCUCUCUGUUUAGUGUCGGCCAUGCAACGUAAGGACAAUCUUUUUAGUUAAUAAUGGUGUAUUUUCAUCGAGAAAAACGGAAAAAAGCAAUUAAAAAAUGAAGUUGAACGUGUCCUAUCCCGCUACGGGAUGCCAGAAGUUGUUCGAAGUGGUGGAUGAGCACAAAAUUCGUAUCUUUUACGAAAAGCGCAUGGGCCAGGAAGUAGAGGCUGAUCCGCUUGGAGAUGAAUGGAAAGGCUACGUUUUGAAAAUCGCCGGAGGUAAUGACAAACAAGGUUUCCCCAUGAAACAGGGUGUCCUCACUAACAGCAGAGUAAGAUUAUUGUUAUCCAAGGGUCACUCCUGUUACAGACCCAGACGUUCCGGAGAAAGAAAGAGGAAAUCAGUUAGAGGAUGCAUUGUAGACGGUAACCUUUCCGUUCUUGCCCUAGUCGUUGUCAGGAAAGGGGAGCAAGAGAUCCCCGGACUUACAGACAGUACUGUUCCCCGUCGUCUUGGUCCCAAACGUGCCUCCGCGAUCCGUAAGCUUUUCAACUUGAGCAAAGACGAUGAUGUCAGACAGUACGUCGUCAAACGUCCGCUCCCCUUGAAGGAGGGCAAGAAGCAGAGGUACAAGGCCCCCAAGAUCCAGCGUUUGAUCACUCCAACUGUAUUGCAAAGGAAACGUCAUCGUCUAGCUUUGAAGAAGAAGAGAUGUUUGAAACGCAAGGAGGAAGCUGACACCUAUGCUAAGCUGUUGGCUCUGAGGAAAAAGGAGUCCAAGGCCCGCAAAGAGGAAGCUAAGAGGCGUAGGUCUGCCAGCACUCGUGAAAGCAGAUCCAGCACCCAUAGUAAAUAAGUUUUUUCAUGAUAUUUCAUGACGGUAUAACAUCUAUGUGUAUUUGACACGGAAUAAAGUUUUUUCUCAAUACUA